AAAUUACUGCUGUGAUAAUAACAAUAAAUUCUUAUUUUUUUUUACCAUUUUACUUUAAUCCCACCAUUACACUGUUCACCUAAUCCCCUCUCGUUCGCUCUCCAGCCAAGCUGUGCUCUGUGUCUUUUUCUCCUCCUUUCCUUUCCCCUUUUUCGAAACCCUAGCUUGAUCGAUCUUGCAUUUUGAAGAAAGAUUGCAUCUUGAUCGAAUCUGGAGGUUUUUGUUGAGGAAUUGAGGGGUUGGUGGUGGCUGAUCCUGAUCUGAUGCGACGAGAUGUCGUCGGCUCCUGCUGCGGCCCCGCCGUUUGAGCAUCAUCGUCGGACCGCGGCGUCCAGCACGGUGUUCAAGAGUGGGCCACUUUUCAUUUCCUCCAAAGGAAUUGGUUGGAAAUCAUGGAAGAAGCGCUGGUUCAUCCUCACUCGCACGUCUUUGGUUUUCUUCAAAAAUGAUCCGAGUGCAUUACCACAGAGAGGUGGUGAAGUUAAUCUGACUCUUGGAGGCAUUGACUUAAAUAAUUCUGGGAGCGUGGUGGUUAGGGAAGAUAAGAAGUUGUUGACUGUUCUAUUUCCUGAUGGACGUGAUGGGCGUGCUUUCACCCUAAAGGCGGAGACAUCAGAGGAUUUAUUUGAAUGGAAAACAGCACUGGAACUUGCGCUUGCACAAGCUCCAAAUGCUGCACUUGUGAUGGGACACAAUGGCAUAUUUCGUAAUGAUAAUGCUGACACAUUUGAAGGAUCCAUCCAGACUUGGAGAGACAAGCGCCCCAUCAAGUCUUUAGUUGUUGGUAGACCAAUAUUGCUUGCACUCGAAGAUAUUGAUGGGGGACCUUCCUUCCUAGAGAAGGCGUUGUGCUUUCUGGAGAAAUAUGGAAUAAAAGUGGAAGGAAUCUUGCGACAGUCUGCCGAUGUUGAGGAGGUUGACAGGAGAGUGAAAGAAUAUGAGCAAGGAAGGACUGAAUUCACAUCAGACGAGGAUGCCCAUGUUGUUGGUGACUGUGUGAAGCAUGUUCUUCGGGAGCUUCCAUCAUCUCCAGUUCCUGCAUCAUGCUGUACCGCAUUGCUGGAAUCAUAUAGAUUAGAACACAAGGAAGCUCGUGUGAAUGCUAUGCGGUCUGCAAUAACUGAGACAUUUCCAGAACCAAAUCGUCGUUUACUUCAGAGGAUAUUGAAAAUGAUGCACACCAUUGCUGCACAUACUGCUGAAAAUCGGAUGACAGCAUCUGCUGUUGCUGCAUGUAUGGCACCCUUAUUACUACGACCAUUGUUGGCUGGUGAAUGUGAGCUUGAGGAUGAUUUUGACAUGACCGAUGAUAGCUCUGCUCAGCUUAUGGCUGCUGCAAAUGCUGCCAAUAAUGCUCAGGCCAUCGUCACAACUCUCUUAGAAGAGUAUGAGAAUAUAUUUGAUGAUGAUACUCUACAUAGAUGCUCUUUUUCACCUGAUUCUCAAAUCGAUGAGAGUGGUAGUGAAGAAUCAACAGAUGAUGACAAAUUAGAUGCCAAUGGUAAUGGCUAUCUUGAUCUAGAGAACGAAAUAGAUCUGGAUAUGAGUGAUGAUCGAGAUCGUGUACUUAGUGGAAAACUGAGUGAAAGCAGUGGAUAUGCUGGCAGUGAUCUUUAUGAUUAUAAGGUCUCUGCUGAUUCAGAUACUGACUCUCCUAAAGAUAUUCAAGCUUUAGCAAAAAAUAUUGAAUCAAAUCAAGAUUCCCAAGCUCAGUAUAGUGGAAAUGGUUUGCCCAAUGCAAAUCACGAGAACUCGUUGGUUGACAAGGAUGCUCCUAGUGCAUUACCUGUGCAUGAGUCUACCCUAUCAAUGGGAGAGAUCUUAUCUUCCUUGGAUACUGGAAUUCCUUUUCCAGCUAACAUAAACGAAUACUGUGUUGAGAAAAAUCCAAAUAAAGUUAAUGGAUCAAAUAGCUAUGUGAAGCGAAGCAAUUUUUGGGGGCGCAACAGUGCUAAAAAGAAUCGUUCAGUGGAAUCAGUUGACUCAUCUGGGGAAGAGGAGCUGGCUAUCCAAAGACUUGAGAUCACAAAGAAUGACCUCCGGAUGCGAAUUGCAAAAGAGGCAAAAGGAAAUGCUAUUCUGCAAGCAAGUUUGGAGAGAAGAAAGCAGGCUUUGCAUGAACGACGUUUAGCAUUAGAGCAAGAUGUUUCAAGACUGCAAGAGCAAUUACAAGCUGAAAGAGAUCUUAGGGCUGCUCUGGAGGUUGGGUUAAGCAUAUCAUCUGGGCAGUUCUCAAGCUCUCGUAACAUGGAUACGCAGACAAGGGCAGAGCUAGAGGAGAUUGCACUUGCUGAAGCUGAUGUUGCUAGACUGAAGCAGAAGGUAGCAGAGCUCCACCUGCAACUGAACCAACAGCGACAUGAUCAAUGUGGAUCAUUUUCUGAUGAUUGCAGCCGCUAUCAGCAUCUUUCAAAUCAUCUACCUUCACAAAAGGCUGUCCAACAAGAUUUUGAUUUGAACCUUGCUCACUGCAAUCAUGAGAAGAAACAAAGAAGUGAGGAGAGUUCAUCUGGGGCUGACUGGAGAAACAUUAAGCCACAGGUGCACCCUUAUGCUGGCAUCGAGCAACUCGCACAUAAACGAUCUUUAGAGACAGGAUUUUCUGAAUCUUCAGGCAUAAGUUUGGAUCCCAAUUCUACUUCAACGGGCGCCACAAUCUCUAAGCAAAGCGCUGAGGCGUUCAACUCUACCCAAAGGCAACUGCCUGCUAUAACGUCUUCAACUCUGGUAGAAUUAACGACACGCCUCGACUUCUUCAAAGAGCGAAGAUCUCAACUCAUGGAGCAACUCCAUAACCUUGACCUCAAUCAUGGCGCACCCUCAUUUUCACAAGGAUCAGGUUACAGAUCACCACCAUGGAACAAUGGCCCAAGGUGAUCAGUGAGAAUACCAUAUAUAUAGCCAAGGUUUCUCUUGUAUUUGUAUAUCCUUCACUCAGCUUCCCUUUCUGUGUCUCUUAUGUGUAUUUUGAUUUUUAUAGUGUUCUAUUGUUGGGUGCUCAGAAGAAGUUGCCCUUGUAAAAACUAGUGUGAGGUUGUAAAUCCUUUCUUGCUUUUUGUAUUUUUUUUUUCUUUUUCUUUUUCUUUUCGCUCACGUGUAACAAAGGAAAUUGUAGCAUCUGGUAAACAAAAUGUGAAGACAAGUGAUUGGUUUAUGCCUUCCUGCGGGGAAGACCUAUAUAUGACUACAGUUCAUGAAGUGCUGAGUUCUCCACGUAUUGUAGCGUGUUGAAAGCCUAUUAUGUAGUUUUUGGACACUUUUGGUUCACAGUAGACAAUACUAUGAGUAUAUAGAUUUCAAAUUUCAAUGUAAUUUUUUUUUCGAAUGAUCAUAGACUGUAGAUGAGAAUUGUUUCUGAUGCAAUUUGA